AUGGGUACUUCUACUGAGAGAGUAUUCGUCCUUCCCGGCGACGUACUUGACUCCUCUCUCAUACCCUCUCAUCCGAAACACCCCCUCAGGCUCGGUCCUGGGCUCAGACACAUCCCUCCUAGUGAUAUAGUACCCACAAUCGCUGGGCAGUUGGUCACGGAUCGGAAGAAGAACUCAAUAUGGGUAGAAUCCAACGGUGGUCGCUACAUCCCGGUUGUUGGUGACCUGGUUAUUGGCAAGGUCGACAAGAGCUCUGGAGAUUUCUACUACGUCAAUCUUUCCGACUACACGUCAAACGCAUCACUGCCUCAGCUGGCUUUCGAGGGUGCCUCGAAGAAGACCAGGCCCCAAUUCAACUCGGGGGCACUCGUCUAUGCUCGUGUAAGUCUGGCAAACAGACAUAUGGACCCGGAGCUGGAAUGUGUCUCUGCAACAACAGGCAAGGCAGACGGCUUGGGUCCUUUAGUAGGAGGCAUGCUCUUUGAUAUUUCCCUAGGUAUGGCACGGCGAUUGCUCAUGAGAAAGUCUGUCGAGGAGGGUAAGGUGGUGGUAAUGGACGAACUGGCCUCUGCUGGCCUUGCCUUUGAGACAGCAGUAGGCAGGAACGGAAAGAUAUGGGUUAACAGCGAGAGUAUCAAGACGGUACUUGUGGUAGGGCGGGCGGUCAAAGAAACGGAUGAGAAGGACUUGACAGUCGAUCAGCAGAGAAGGCUGGUUCGAAAGUUGAUCAAGGAGAUGUCGUGA